AUGAAAGCAAUGUCUCGUCUUCGCGAUCCAGCGGAGUACGUCUCUAAGGCAAAGCAUCGAUGGGCUGGUCAUAUAAUGAGAAGGACAAACGACAGAUGGACAAAGAACUCCGGAAUGGAUUCCUCGCAAAGCAAAAUGUCUUCGAGGGAGCCACCGACCAGAGGCAUCGUCGCUGCCUCCGAACUCCUUGAAAUGCUUGGGUCUGAUCCGCACAAUCUUCCAGCUUCGCCUGCUCCACGGAAACCCAUGAAGAGCCAUCGUGUGAUCCUUGUUGUUUGUUAUAUCGCCAACAAAUUCUGUGCUGGUUUGAGACACUGGAAGGGUGCAUUUCUCUUAUGGACUGAUGUCCCUUUAUUCGGAGGUCUACAGGCUACUGUGAUGCCGGUCAACUCAGCAUAUGAAUGGUUUACAAGCUCUUUUCGCUACCUCACUCGCAUUGAGAACCUUGGAUAA